CCCAGCUAUCCAUUCACCGUUCGAUCUUUGGUGACGUCAACAACCACUUUAAGGGUAACCGGAAGUAGCCGCUCAGAACGUUUCGACAUGGCGGAGUACCAGGGUGUGCAGAAAGGAGCGCUCAAACUGAAAGGCAUCGGGGACAUCAGUCUGGGAAAGAAGUAAGAAUAACCCCCACACCUUUUAUCUCUCUCCGCUGGUGGUUUUAUUGCUAUUUCUGCCGAGUGGUAAUCAGUUCAUGUCUGUAGCUGUGCUGGCUCUCCCAGUGCCGGAUGUAAACAUUGCCAGAUGGUCAUGGGACUCACCUGGACCAUAUAUCAUACUGCUUUCUAGAAGGAAAACGAAGUUUGGAUGCACCCACGUCCUGUGUUCUUAUAAAACAAAGUAGUUAAAUGGGCUGAGUCUCAUGGAUUCUAACGCAAUUAGUUAUUAUAUAAUAUUAUAAUAAUUAUUACUUAAUGUCUGACUUAAUAACUGGAUAAUAUUUGAUUCAAUUUCAAAGUGUGAAUAAAUAAUAAUAAAAAAAAAAUUUAAAUACACCCAUUGUAUUCCUUUGAGUAUAAAUUACUUCCUGGUUCUAUUUUCAUGCAAUCAAAUUGGGUUUCUGUACAAAACCUUGACUAUUGAGCGAUUGGCAAUGGGAUUUAAUUUCUAAAACAAAAGAGGUGAACUGGAUACAACUUCAAAACUUUUUUUCUUUUUUUUCCAGAUCAACUAUAUUUAAAAAACAAAAAUUGCAAAUUUGCCAUUUUAUUUUUUUUGUUUUUAUUUUUCUUGGUUUGUUUAGAAACUCCCAAUGUGGUCGUUUUAAAGUCUUGCUGUUUCUUGAACUGUAGACCAGGUUGUUGCAGUAUAGCCAGUCAAGUAAUUUUUGAAUCAAUUUGCGCACCCACAUGCAUACUCCUACUUUGCUAAGUAAAUUUAAAAUAGGUUUCAAAUAGAGCUGUUUUUUUGUUUUGGCUUACUUUGCUUACCUAUGUCUCAUAUUAUAAAACGUACAUUUUGCAGGAAGAAAAAGAAAGACAAAGAUAAAAACAAGAUAGUACAACAGAUGAUGAUGCAAACUAAUAACAAAAAUGAAGACGAGAAGAAAAAACCAUCUCUGGACAAAAGAACCCCAGCUCAACUAGCGUUUGAAAAAAUGCAAGAGAAAAGAGUAAGACAAUGCAAAAACUCAGAGAGAAUGUAUGCUGCUAAUUACUCAUGCAUGUCUAUGUAAUUUUUAUGACGGUUCAAGCUGGUACAUCAUAUUUUAGUUCUGAAUAGGUUUAACUCGAAAACACAUUAGUUAAAAUUGCUUUCCUGAUUUGUGCUGGAAUCCUGUUACUUAUGCAUCCACCCUGUCUUGUAUGACUGAAGUGUCUUCAAUGAGGGAUGUGCAGUGGUAUUUAGGUGCCCCUAAUAUACAAUAAGAAACGAAGGGGUGGGAGCAGGGUCUUAUGGGCCAUGUAUUGCACUCUUUUUGCAAAUAAUAUUGACCCCAGGAAUGGCUUUUUGUGUGUGUGUGUGUGUGUGUAUGUAUGUGUGUGUGUGUGUGUGUGUGUGUGUAUAUAUAUAUAUAUAUAUAAUGUUCAUAUUUAGUCUAUGGUGUCACUGUAACACAUUUUUUUUUUUUUUUUCCCCUGUAGCUCUAUCACAGUAUGUGAAUACAUUGUGUCUGUUUGUUCUCUAGCUUAAAGGGACACUAUAGUGUCAGGACUAUAGUACCCUGAGGGUGCCCCCACCCUGAGGGUUCCCCUCCCGCGUUAAAACCCCUUCAGUUGGGCUCCCUUACCUCUCCUCCCCCGCCGAUGUCACCGGCGCCGCAUGCGCGGCGCAUUCAAAGUGUCCGUAAGAGAGAAUUUUUCAAUGCUUUCCUAUGGACGCUCUGCGUGAUUGAGGCAUAAUAUGCCUCAAUCGUUGCCGAUGCGCCUCUAGUGGCUGUCCGGAAGACAGCCAAUCGAGGCUGGCUUAACCCCAGAUGUAAACAUAGCAGUUUCUCAGAAACUGUUAUGUUUACAUCAGGCAGGGUUAACCCUAGAGGGACCUGACACCCAGACCACUUCAUUGAGCUGAAGUGGUCUGGGUGACUAUAGUGUCCCUUUAAAGAAGCACUUUAGGCACCAUAAGCCUCCACACUCCCAAUCCCAUUUUAAGGCGUCAAAUUGUUUAACCUACACUACCAUGGCUAGAUUAAAGAAAGUUCCUGAUCAUUUGCUCAGUAAACCCAGAUUAGAAAUUAAACCAUCCAAAAACUGCUUGAUUGCUUACAAUGAAUAAAAAUGAGUAAAACCUUUUAGCAUGCUGGCUGGUGAACAACUGUCACCGCUUUAGUAUAUGAUAAGAUCCUUCAGCCAUCUACACGCACCUUUGCUCAAAUAGUGUUUGAAAACAAUCUGUUUGCAGUGAACGAAGCACAGAAAACUAUGGUGACCCCUGUUUUUAUUUUUUUUUUACUUUGCCAAAUGUUUAAGAAGUCACUGUUGUCCCACUUGGAAUAAAAAUCUGAUGGAGUGAUUUUUUUUUUUUUUUUUCUCUACAGCAAAUGGAGAGGAUAUUAAAAAAAGCAUCCAAAACCCACAAGCAAAGGGUAGAGGUGAGUGAAUUUUUUUUAUUUAUUGUGCAUAAGGAAAGGAUCUUGAUAUUAUGUUUUUUUUUUUUUUUUUAAAGGGGUACGCACUGUAACAAUUCUAUCUUAUUGAAUUGGUUAGAGUUCCUUGAGUCCCCUGUCACUGACCCUCUAUUCAAUGUUAAACCAUUUGUAAGCAGUUUAAAACUGAAUGACUGUCCCUGGCUUUCCAUAGCCCUCCCAUUAAAGGUCUUGCCAAGGCAGAGAUUGCACUAUUCCUUGUAGCCAGACCAUUUUAUAGCAGCAAUGGCACUGUGAUAGACUGAAUGUGUUCAGUGGAUAUCGGUGCCGACUUUAAUAUUGAUUGGACCCUGGACAAGCAUUUGCUAGGGCACUUUGGACCAUGCACCAUCUUUGUCAUGCAAUCACGACCUCCGCUCCCAAAUGCAGUGGCGGAACUAAAGUAGAGGACCCUGGUGCAAGAAUUGUUUUGGACCCUCCCAAUCGCAAGGGUGGCCAAAAGAUAAAUCCCCAUCUGUCCGGAAACUCUAACAAUACUCUACCAUUUUCCUAUGCCUGCAAGGUUGUAUUUGGCACUGUGCUGUGAAUACAGGUAGAUUUUAUUGCACCGUUUAAAAAGAAAAAAGAGAAAAAAGCAUGAACAGUAUGAGUAUUUCAUGAACAUUACAUUUAUGUGAAAUACUGAGAAGUGAAUGAAGCCACUUUAAACAACUGUGUUCAGACAGGUACUUUAUUGAUGAUGCUUUUCAAAACAUUAACCUUUUUUUUUUUUUCUUCCUUCCUAGGAUUUUAAUCGGCAUCUGGAUACCCUGACAGAGCAUUAUGAUAUUCCUAAAGUCAGCUGGACAAAAUAAUACAGUUUUUCUUUUUCUUUAUUUAUAGAACUUUGUUUUUUACUUGCUUGUAAUCUUUCUGGAUUAAGGCAGAAAGCCAGGAUGACCAGACACACAUUGUUAUUGUGUUCAUUAUGUUGCCACACUUGAUUGUAUAAAAUAUUCAGAUCAUCUAUUUUAAACAUAGAACCCCAUUUAUUUUAAACGUUUCUUUGACCUUUCAGUCAAUAAAGGUCUUUCCAGUGGUUUCUGCUGAAAACUGUUGUAUACUUUCUCUUGCUGGGACAGUGACCAGGUAUUGUAAGCUCUACAUGCCUGUGUAUUAACACAUUGAUUUUAUGAAUUUGUGCAAAAGUGAAAAGAAGCUAAAAGUGUAUAUAUAUAUAUAUAUAUGUAUAUAUAUAUUUGUUUUCCCCAAUCCAAGUUUGUAUUUACUGUCUUUUAUGCAUAAAAUGGUCAAAUUCAUAGUAAUCCUAAUAAGAGUUAAAGGGACAGCUUAAUGUAGUUGUUCUGGUGAGUAUAAUAGCUCCCUUCAGGCUUUUUUCAUGCAAACACUGCCUUUUCAGAGAAACGGCAGUGUUUACAUUGCCUCAAGGGACACCUCCAAGAAGCUACUCCUUAGAUGGCCACUGGAGGUGCUUCCUGGGUCACUGCUACCAAAAAAAGCAGUCCUGACGUUCAGCGUCCCCACGCUCAGCAUGGAGACGCUGAAUUUUCCUCCUGAUUGGCCAAAAUGGCAUUUGGCCUGCUCCCCUAGCAGAUUUUAGCCAAACCAAUGCUUUCCCACAGGGAAAGCAUUGGAUUGGACAAAAAAUGGCAAUUUUGAUGUCACAAAUGGGCUGGAGCCGGCGGACCCACGCUCCGCUGGAAAUAAGGGGAGUUUUAAACUUUUUUUUAUAGGGGGCUAAGGGUUGACAAGCCACCUAAAGGGUGGGUUAAACAUUAAAGGGUCAGGAAUAGAUGUUUGUUUUCGUUUAAGGUUCUGCAACUAAUGGGGGUUAGCCUUGCAGUCAAAGGGCAUUUUGUAUGGUAUUUUACACCGGGUUAUUCAUUAAAUAGUGUAAUUUGAAUUGCUUCUUACAGCACCAUCUUGUAAUUUAUGUAUCAAACCGCAACAUUUUUUUUAAAUUUUUUUUUAAAAAGCAGGUGAAUCUUCCAUCAAGUAAUUUUACAUUUUUAUUUUUUUUGAAUAUCAGAUUAAAAAUAAUGUUGUAAUUUAGUGUUUUGGACUAAUUAAAGGCACCCUGAGAAUUUCAUCUAAUGGAAGUGGUCUGGGUGCGGUGUCUCUGCCCCCCUUGGGUUUAGAGAAGCUGCAAUGAUUACAUUGAAUUAUAUCUUGGAUUUGGCAAAACAGUAGUGAAUUUGGGCUUAUGUCUAACCAAAGUGCAUUCAGAACAUUCAACCCACUUCAAUAGCAUUUCAAUACCAUGUGCAUAAGCUACCAUGAGUGGGGCUCGACAGUAUUUCAGACCUACUCUUUUUGAGUGGAUUCACCCAUUGAACACAAUUGAAGAACUGCACACAUUUUAUGCUAGGAUUUUCCCAAGGUGUGACACAGACAGAGGUGGCAGAACCUCCAAUCCAGAGGCGAGCAAGCAGAAGAGGGUCAAGGAGCUCAAUGGUUAAUCAAAUGCUGCUUUUAUUAGAACUGAAAAGGUAAUGAUUUGGCUCAGAUGUUUGCUUUCUGUAACGCCAUAUGAGCUUGUUACAGACUCAUGUGAGUCAAAACGAGGCUGUGACAGUAGAUGGCCCGUCUGUCACGCGGGUGGACCUGCCUGAAAAGAGGGCAUGUCAUGCUGUGAAUGCACAGAAGGUGACUGACUGCCUGUCUGGUCACCCACAACAGAGCUGUCAAUGUUCUGAUAGUGUCACGAUAGCUGCAUGUAGGUCUGUACACAUAGAUAAUCCCAAAUAAUCCACAGAAGAAUGUAUAUGAAAAGAGUGCACAUUUAUUGAUUAAAAAAAAGUAUGUAU